UACAUCAUGAUACAUGAAAUCGUAGGUUUUUAUUGUAUUAACCGACUAACCUAGAAAGUGAAAUACUGGAUGGAACCGAAAGCGAAUUUAACAAGAUAAAAGGCUGUUGCGUCUUUUAGAUUACAUGUAAAAACUUUGAACAUUUCUCCUUUAGAUGGAAGUUGAAUAUCGAAUUUCUUUUUUGAAGUUAUUAAUCUUUAACACAUCCAUUUCGCAAGGAAAAGUCAGAGUUCUUGCUAAAAGAUAACGCGAACUUGAUAUUUGGGCUAACAACGCUCAUUUAUCCUUCCUGGAUGGCUGGAACCAAAGUCAUUUUGUUAUCAUUAUCAUGCUGUCUUCUCUUGGCCACGAUAAAGACCGAGACCUUCCAAUGGACUGAGAAUGUUGAUACGGACGCCAGCUUUUCUACUUGUCAACAUUCAGACUGCUUAAUGAUUAAUCGACACUCCAAUUUAAGUAUUCGAGAGUUUGUUGAAAACUACGAUGGAAAAAGACCUGUUCUUAUAACAGAUGUUUUAAAAAACUUUGGAGCUAUGAAUUGGAGUAAAGAAUAUUUUUCCAGUCGCUAUGGAGAUCAAAAGGUUUUUAUGAAAGCUGUGCAAGGAGCCAUGCAUCAAGCUCAAAGCUUUGCUGUUAGUAUUGAUGUAUAUAGCCAGCAUUCUCACGAAGGAAAGCCAAGUCUAUGGACUUAUGUUGAAGAUGAGUUAUUCAUACAAACUCACCCCGAGCUGAAAGAUGACUUGAAAGAUUUGGAAUACUUAAAAGAGGAUUUUUUUCAACUCCUACCAACUGAAGUACGGCCCUGGAAUGCAAUGCUUCUUUGGGGAACUCCAUACUCGAGAUCAUCUCUUCACAUUGAUCCAUAUAACUGGACAGGAACUAAUGCAGUUUUCUAUGGAUCAAAAAUAUGGAAGCUGUACYCUCCUGGUCAAGAUGAAUACCUUUAUGUCUAUGACAAACAACGUUGCAAAUUCCCAUUGGAUUGCUUCAAAUAUAACAGUGCAGUUGAUGCCUUUGCUCCAGAUCACAAGACGUAUCCAAUGUUUCAUAAAGCCAAGGCCAUCACGUUAACUCAAAAGGCUGGUGAACUUUUGAUCAUUCCAACAGGAUGGUUCCAUCAGGCUUUCAAUCCAGAAGAAACCAUAGCUGUUAGUAGUCAAGUUAUGAAUUCACAGAACUACAAGAUUGUCAUUGAGGAAAUAUUUAAAGCAGGUGAAAUUGACAGGAACAAGGUCCCCGCGAAUUUUGAGGAGUUAUCUCCUGUGGAACAGGUCAAAACUCUUGCAAGACUUAUACCAAAUGAAGUUCUUGCUAAGGGCAAGAAAGUGACGGAGGAUAUCUUGAAUCAAUUAAAAUGAUAUUAGAAACAAGCAAAUGAUAAAUAGACAAAAUUGGAAUCAGUACCUCAUUAAUCAGGGCCAAUAAAUUGAAUUAUUAUUUUUUUAUUAUCAUGAGACUUUUAUUUAUUUGCAUAUAUUAAUUAUCUACAAAAUUACGGAACUUACAUGGUUGUUUCGGGUCAACUACAAUUUAAAAUUUUAUUGCAUGGCUUUAUAAAUUACAGGACGUAGACAGGGGGUGGCCAAGAAUUUGUAAAAAUAAAACGUAAAAAAUAA